CAUUCGGCGAGCCACUCAGUGCCUGGGCCUCGGAAGUGAUCCCCAUGGCAUCCUCCCAAACGCUGCUCCUCUGCCUGCUGGUCCUGGCAGUGAUGGAAGGUUGGGGUCGCCAGGCACCCAUCCCAGGCUGCCACCUGCACCCCUUCAAUGUGACAGUGCGAAGUGACCGCCAAGGCACCUGCCAGGGCUCCCAUGUGGUACAGGCCUGUGUGGGCCACUGUGAGUCUAGCGCCUUCCCUUCCCGGUACUCCGUGCUGGUGGCCAGUGGCUAUCGACAUAACGUGACCUCCGUCUCUCAGUGCUGUACCAUCAGUGGCCUGAGGAAGGUGAAGGUGCAGCUGCAGUGUGGGGGGGACCGGAGGGAGGAGCUGGAGAUCUUCACGGCCAGGACCUGCCAGUGUGACAUGUGUCGCCUCUCGCGCUACUAGCCCGUUCUCUCCCUUCUUCCUUUGCCUUGGUCAGAGGGUCUGAGCUGGAGUAUAUCCUCUAUAUCCUGAGCCUCCUUGGGGACAACAGGUCCAGCCAGCUCUCUUAAGAUUCUGUGAUUGUCACCUCGAGAGAAGAGGGCAAUUUCGGCCUCUCCCCUGCCUCGGCCUGGCCUCCUAACCAGUCUGUCGUCAUUUCACUCCGCUCUUUGUCCCUACCCCUAAAUAAAG